AUGUCCCUCCUCGCCUUGGCCCUCCUGGCAUCCGCCCCGUUGGCCCUUGCCCAAACCUUCCAACGUCUCGGCGCCUGCCCCGAUCUCGGCUGCGUCUUCCCUCCAGACCAAGCCAACUUCCUCCCGGGCCAAAAGUUCGACAUCCGCGUCGAGGUCCACGCCCCCGUCAACGGCACCGAGGCCUUCAACGGAGGCGUCCCGGACCCCGGCUUCGCCCUUUCCAUCGCGAGCAACAGCGAGCCCGACGGCAAGUCCGUGGCCGAGUUCUUCGGUCUCGAUGAAGAGCCGGGGCUCGAGACGUGGACGUUUUCAUGGUACGAGGACUUGUUCGCGUCCGACGCGGGGAACCGGUCCGUUGUCAACGUCGCCUCGAAGGCGUACCGCGACCUCUCGCUGUACGAGCCGGGGAAUUAUACCGUGGAGCUGAGCUACUAUAACGGCACGAAGAAGACGGUGGCGGAGUGGUUUGUGAGGCCUCUUGCUGAGGAGAAGAAGGCGAAGAAUGUGAUCAUGUUCAUCGGGGAUGGAAUGACUACGAACAUGAUCACGGCCGCGCGCCUCUUGGGUCAUAAGAGCGUGAAUGGCAAAUACCAGUCCAGGAUGCAGAUGGACGAGUUCCCGAUUCUGGGGCAUCAGAUGACGCAUUCCGUCGACAGCUUCGUAACGGAUAGCGCCAACUCAGCGUCGGCUCUAUACUCAGGACACAAGGGAACAUCGGAUUCCAUGGGUGUGUACUCGGACUCAUCCUCGGAUGACUUUGACGAUCCGAAAGUUGAGACUAUCGUCGAGAUGGUGACACGUAUCUGGGGAUCUGCUUGGGGAGCAGUAACAACCGCAGCCCUCGACGACGCAACUCCAGCCGCCCUUACAGGCCACAGCAGGUCUCGAUCCAACGCGGGCUCCCUAGUCGACCAAGCCCUCAACGGCAUGACAAACUACUCAUGGAGCGCCCACCCCGGACCUGACGUCUACUUCGGCGGUGGCGCCUCGACCUUCCUACCCGGUUCAUCGUCAUACCUCGGCAAAGAUUACUACGACGAGUUCCGCAAGCAAGGCUAUUCCGUGAGCUGGAACGCUACCUCCCUCCGCGACGCGCCCGUCGACACCCCUGCGCUGGGCGUCUUCUCCAUGUCCCACCUGCCCGUCUGGCUCGAUAGAAACAUCCUGACAGACAAUAUCGCCGACCUGGACACACAUCCCUCCGGAGACGGAUCCGCGCCGCUCGACCUUCCGGGGUUGAAGGACAUGACUCUGAAAGCAAUCGACAUCCUGCUCGAGCGCAGCAACGAGACAGGCUUCUUCCUCAUGUCCGAGGGCGCGUCGAUCGAUAAGCAAAUGCACGCUCUCGACUACGACCGCGCGCUCGGCGACCUGCUCGAAUUCGACGACACCAUCCGCGCCACGGUGAAGAAACUAAAGGAGGCCGGCGAGCUGGAGCAGACGCUCAUCGUCGUGACGGCCGACCACGGCCACGGCUUCGACGUGUUCGGCGUCGCGGACACCAAGUACCUCGCGGCGCAGGACACGGAUCGCAAGAAGCGCGACGCCAUCGGCAUCUACGAGCGCUCCGGCCUGUCGCACUACACGGUCGAGCGCCCCGACGGGAUCGAGUACGGGACCGGACCGCACUUCCCCAUGAACUGGAGUCCCCGGUAUGCCAUCGCGCCGGGUUUCGGCGCCAGCCCCGAUCGGAGGGAGAACUACCGGCUGCACGAGUCGCCUCGCCGCGUGGUGGUGAGCGACCCGGAGGAUGGCUACGUCGCGAACCCCGAGGAUGGGGAGGAUGGGUUCUAUGUGCAGGGGACGCUGCCUGUGUCUUCUUCGUCGGGUGUCCAUUCCAUCACGGAUGUGCCGCUGUUUGCCAUGGGUCCUUGCGAGAGGACGUUCGCGGGCGUGUAUGACAACACUGAUGUGUUCUUCAAGAUUGCCUCGUGUCUUGGCCUCGGUCAGUCGUCGGCGACGCCUCAGAAGCGGUAG